CAUAGUUAAGAUUUGAAUUGUUUUAUAUAUCAAUGACACAUUUUUACCUCCUGGUCCUGUCAUUAACCAUUUAGUAUUUAAAAUUUCGUUUAUAUAUCUUAUAUCCUGUGAGGUAUAUUCCAUUAAAAAAAAACGUAAGUAUUUAAAUUGAUUUAAUACAAUAGUUUGGGUUUUGGAGUUUCAAUUAUUGGUAGAAAAUGUAUAUUUGAUUGUAUAAUAAUAACUAGGGUGUGGAUUUAAAUGCUCAAAAAAACAAGAAAAGUGCUUUAAAAAAAAUACAAUUCAAUGCACUUAAAUUUAAAAAAAAGAUUAAAAAUGCUUUAAAAACUAUUUUAAACUUUGAAAAAAAUGUUUUUUAUUAGGUAUAUGAAUUUAAUAACCUCAACAGUGCAAAUUGUGAAAUACGACUUCAUUACAACUCAACAACUGUUAAUAAUACUUUAACCUAACCAAAGUUUGAAUUUCUUUUAUCGACAAUCAACAGUCAUGAAUUAUAGUUAAUAUUAAUAUUUUUAAAUGUUUAUUUCAGACUCCAUUAUACGUUUUAAAUACUCAUGAUUACGUUUUCUUAACAAUUCAUUAAUAAUUUAAUAUUAUAGUUCCAACAGAUUAAGAAAUAGUAUAAAAUAUGUCUACAACUAGUCAAAAACAUCGGGAAUUUGCUGGUGAGCCUAUGCGAGAUAAACCAGUUGAAGAUCUUGCUGGUAUUGGACCAGUUUUAGCAGGUCGAUUAAGAGAACAAGGAUUCACUAAAGUGAGUUAAUAUGAAUUCUUUCUAAAAACGAAAGUAAUUAUCAGUAUUAUAAUUCAAUAAUUUUGUAUUAAGUAUUCAGCAGUUGUACUAUAUUAUUGUUAUUGAAUAUAAUUAUAUUAAUAUUUUAUUGAAUAGGUAAUCUCAAAUAAAAUUCAAGGUCAUCCAUAAAGAAUUAAAAUAUAUAUCAUAUUUUGUGAUAGGUCAGUAAUUCAUACAUUUUAUGUAAUCUUCUAUAUAGAAAUAUUAGUUAAAAACACUCAAUAUAGAGAUAUUGAGAAACACUGAUUUAUUCAAAUUAAAUUUAGAUUUUUAUGGUCUUGGAAUUUUUUAAUCAUCAAAAUUCUGUAAGUGCAUUAUAGCUUAUGUUUGUAUUUUUUAUAAAUGGACAUCUCUCAUGAUAAUCAUGGUUAUUCAUUUUUUUAUUUUUCCACUUGUUUUAGUGCUCGAACACUAGUAGUUAUACCUAUUAAAUUAUUAAUAAAUUUAAUUUAACCUGUAUUUUAACUAAUUUUUGAAUUGGAAAAAUAAAUUCAAAUUCAUGAAAAAAUGGUUCAAAUAAAGCAUUUGUAUGAAAAAAAAAAAAUACUUGAAGUUGCUUUUUCAACUUCAUUUUUUUUCUUAUAAUUUAAAAUUUAUAUCAAGAGCCAAUUGUAUAUUAUGAUAAGUUAUCUAAUUAAAACAUAAUAUAAUAAUAAUUAAUUUGUUAAAAAAUAAAUUCUGAACAAAGCUCAUUAAAAUUUUAGUUUUCUUUAAAACAUUGUGCUAUAAAUUGUAGUAUUUUACCCAAACAAAACAAAUAUAAUUAUAGUAUGAUUAGAUAAUUGAGUUGAUAUCAUACUGGGUUGGGUCAACCUAUGACUGAACAUUCCUCACUGCUUUGAUAUAUAUUUUUUUUAUUUGAUUAUUAGUAAGUACGUAACAAGAUAGAAUAAUUAUAAAAUAAAUAUAAUGGUAUAUUUUGUUUUAGGCAUACAAUGUGUUAGGUCAGUUUUUACUUUUACAAAUGGAUCAAGAUUUAUUCUGUGAUUGGUUGAAAGACACAGUAAAAUCUAACUCAAAACAAUCUAAAGAUUGUCAUGCUUGUUUAAAAGCAUGGUGUGAUGAAUUUUUAUAGUAAAAUUAUAAGUGUUGUGAUAACUAUUUUGUUAUCAUCCCUCACCACAUUAAAGUUUUUUAUUUCUAAUAUUAGUAAAUACGUUUGAUGUAUAAAUAUAAGGUAUAAUUAUAUAUAAUAUAUAUAUAUUUAUAGAAUUUAUAUAUCUUAUUUUUUUUAUUAUUAUUAUAAUAACAAUUUAUGUAAUUAUAUUUAUCUAUAACUUUAUUCGUAAUUUAUUUUUAUAAUUUCAUAUUUACAACAAAUAAAUCUAAUUUGUGGUCAUAAAAUGAACAUGUAGAAAUUAUUUUUUUAUUCUCAUUUAAAUGACACCAAUCAGCUCCAUAAAACAGCCUGUUAUUUUUUUCACCAAAUGAAUGACAAAUAUUUAAUGAUGUGUCUAUUAUAUGUGCAGCAUUAAACAUUGAAGCACUUAAUAUAUAAUCUUCGUUUAUAGGUUCCCAUUUCAGUCUCCAAACUCCACCAUUUACAUUGACAUUAUUAUAACUUUGCUUCAUAUUACGUACAUCCCACAGUCUAACAAUUUCAUCAUAGCUAAACAAAUUAAAUAAAUUCUAUAUAUAUUACAAAUUGUUUGCAGAACUUUGACAAAUUACCUUCCAGUAGCAAUUAUAUUUUUUCUAAUUUUACUAGAUGAGCAGGUAGUUACUCCUUGUUUGUGUUCUUUAUUUUCAAAUACAGGUUUAUCAAAUUUUAAACGUUGGUCAUAACAUUUAAAUUUACAGUCAUCA